AGUCGAAGAAAGGAAAAAAUGGUGAUUAAGCGAAGAGAGAUAGUGGAGAUUACACCAGAUCCAUGUGAGACAAAGAAGAAAACGAAAAGCAAGACAAGAAAGAGACUUAGUAAGAAGGAGGAGGAAGAAGACGAUGGCACACCUCUUAGAGGUAUAUUUUGUCUUAAAAAAAGACAAGAUUUGAAGAUUUUCGAGGAGAAAGAGGAUUGCUUUAUCCUCGAUUUCGAUCCCAACGAUUCAUUUGAUGCACGAAAGCUCUCCGAUAGCCCUGAAUCUGACGACGACGACGACGUGGCGAUUAUCCAUGAGAAAGGCCAGGUGGCUUGUAGGGAUUUUCCACAUCCAAGGCAUCUCUGCUUGAAAUUCCCCUUUGAAUCAAGUCAACACGCAUCACAUUGUAAUCAGUGUUACUGUUAUGUCUGCGAUGUGGCUGCGCCUUGUGCCAAUUGGACGGUUAGUUAUGCUACACCGCAUUGUGAGGCAUUAGAGAACAGUAAAUGGAAGCCUUUACGAGAGGUGUACCGAAACCUUGAUGCUCGCCGUCGUGUAACCACCAACAAGUGAAAGACUUCUCUCAUGUGAUUUUGAGAUUGAUGAAUAAGAGAGUAAUGUUGUGUUCUAAUGCCUAUCUUCAGCUGAAUAUUUUGCUUACUGAAGAAACCUUUUUGUAAAAUUGGUUAUUGAGUUUCUUAUAAAUGGUUUUCGAUUUC